GUUGUUCAGUGCUCAGGCCCUGGCCUGGCUUUGCUGACCCAGGUUACAGCCUGAUGGAAAAGUCUGGAGAGACCUCCUCCCCCCCCCCCCCCCGCCCCCUCCCUCUGGCUUGACUUCGCUCCGCGCAGCACCUGCCCCCUCGGCCUGCGCCGCAGCGCCCCCUGCAGCGGAGAAGAGAGAGGAGCGAGGGGAAGGCAGCGCCGCGCUGCCAAACCUGUAAGCAGCGUAACCAGCGGCAGCUGCGUUCAUCUCGCCCGGGCGGAUCGCUGCCCAUUAGCUUCCACCGGGAGCAGAGCCGGGGCGGUCGGGGACACCGCAGGCAAAGCGAAGCGUCUGGCGUCCCCGUCCCGCACCUGAGCUGCACUAGAGCCGGUGCCUGAGCAGAGGUACCGCACGCUGCACCUCCUCCCCAGUGGCGGCUGCUACUUCUUCCCUUCUGAGCCGUGAUUGCAAAGUGGAAGGCUCAGGUUGGCCACCUCAAUACACUGUUUUUACACCAGGGAAGAAAAACUAAAGGCCUUUUGCUCCCACCCACUUCCCAAGCCAACACACCCUCUGAAGUUGUUUGACUGAUGCUAAUCUUGGAGCUGACAUUGACAAGCAUUUGCUGACUAACUGCUGCUGAGCCCACGAGUUGUUUUUCAAGUUCAUUUUCUCCCAGCAAGAAUCAGGCUGGGCACUGGAGAAUUAAUUCAUUUAAACCUGAGGUCUGUUUAGGAAUGCUACAUAAUGAAGCUGUGGUCAGGUCCUGAGCAUGUGGGAUGUGAGAGGUUAGGGUCAGUGCCUGCCUUUGUAAUGAGUUUGUCACCAUGAGCCUCUUACUGCCAUUUGACUCCAUCUGCAUUUUCCUCUGUGCCCAAGUGCUGCUCACAUGGGGUCUACAAGAACUUCAUGCCAACCAGGAGACAAUUGUCAAGAUUUCUGCUGCUGGCCAACUGAUGCAGUGCUCUGCUUCAGUAGAUAUCCUCCUUCUGUUAGAUGGGUCAUACAGCAUUGGCAAAGGAAGCUUUGAGAGGUCUAAGCACUUUGCAGGCAAACUCUGUGAUGCCUUGGACAUCAAUCCGGAUAGGGUCAGAGUGGGAGUGAUACAGUUUAGCUCAACUCCCCAGCUAGAAUUCCCCUUGGAUUCGUAUUUAACCAAGCAGGAAGUAAAGGAGAAAAUCAAGAAGAUUGUGUUCAAAGGCGGGAGCACAGAAACAGGACUCGCACUGAAAUAUGUUCUCCGGAAAGGUUUCCCUGGUGGCAGAAAUUCCUCUGUCCCUGAAAUCCUGAUCAUCCUCUCGGACGGGAAAUCCCAAGGCAAUGUAGCAAUACCCGCUAAGCAGCUGAAGGACAGGGGUACCACAAUAUUUGCUGUGGGAGUCAAAUUUCCAAGGUGGGAGGAGCUGCACACCCUGGCCAGUGAACCAACUGAGCAGCAUGUGCUGUUUGCUGAACAUGUGGAUGAUGCUGCCAAUGGCCUGUAUAGCACCCUCACCAGCUCUACUGUCUGCAGUGCUGUCUCUCCAGGUUGCAAGAUUGAAUCUCACCCUUGCGAACGCAAGACACUGGAGACCGUGAAAGAGCUGUCUGGGAACUAUAUGUGUUGGAAAGGUUCAAAGAGACCAAAUGCAGUGCAUGCAUCUCUCUGCCCGUUUUACAGUUGGAAAAGAGUCUUGAUAAAACACCCGGCCAGAUGCUACCGAGCUACAUGCGCAGAUCCCUGCGAUUCCCAGCCUUGUCACAAUGGAGGCACGUGCGUUCCAGAGGGAUUAGAAAGGUACCACUGUGUGUGUCCUGUUGGAUUUGGAGGAGAUGCCAGCUGCGCACCGAAGCUGAGUCUGGAGUGCAGCGUGGAUCUCCUUUUCCUGGUGGACAGCUCAUCUGGUACCACCUUGGAGGGAUUCCUGCGCCACAAGGCCUUCCUGAAAAGCUUCCUCCGGGCAGUGUUGAGCAAAGGCUCCCCAGCAAACGUCGGCGUGGCCCAGUACAGCAAUGAGGUCCAGAUCCCUGUCAAAGUGGGUGAGUACACGGACGUGCUCAGUCUCAUGAAGAGCGUUGACACCAUGCGUUUCAGCGGAGGGGGAACCUUCACCGGCAAAGCCCUUCGGUACGUCACGCAGCACGGCUUUAAGAGUGCCCCGGCCUUCGCAGACGUUCACGACGAUCUCCCGCGUGUGGUUGUCUUGCUCACGGAUUCGGAGUCCCAGGAUCCUGUGGUAGAAGCAGCUAAACAUGCCAGAGGCAGAGGGCUCUUCCUAAUUGGCGUGGGCAGCGACUUCUUAAGAGCAGAGCUGGACGACGUGACUGGGAAUCCAAAGCGGACGGUUGUCUAUUCCAACCCCCAGGAUCUGUUCAACAAGAUCCCCGAGCUGCAGAAAAAAAUCUGCAGCGUAGACAGUCAUCAAGACUGCCAGUCCCAGGCUCUGGAUCUGGUUUUCGCCUUGGAUGCCUCAGCUGGAGUUGGCAGGGAGAACUUUCUGCAGCUGAGGGACUUUGUUAGUAGCAGCUCCCUGCAGUUCAAUAUCAAUCGGGACGUCACCCAGAUAGGCCUGGUGGUCUACAGCAGCAGGGCUCGCACUGCAUUUGCCCUGGACGCGCAUGUCACCAGCUCAGCUCUCCUCCAAGCCAUCAAACAGGUGCCUUUCCUUGGUGGCUCGGCCUCCACGGGCAGAGCCUUGCUGCACAUUCAUGAUGAUGUCAUGACUGUUCCGAAAGGGGCGAGGCCAGGGGUGAGCAAGGCCGUGGUUGUGAUCACGGAUGGGAGCGGCACCGAGGAUGCAAUUGUUCCAGCUCAGCAGCUGCGGAGCAACGGUGUGUCAGUGUUUAUUGUCGGGAUUGGGGAUGUACGGAGGGACACGCUGCUGAGGAUUGCCGGUUCUCCCAACUACCUGAUACAUGUUUCAUCUUAUGAUGAUCUGCGCAAUUACAAAGACUUUAUCAUUGAAAGCAUAUGUGAAGAGGCUAAACGCCCGGUGAACCUGUGCAAACCCAACCCGUGCCUGAAUGAGGGCGUGUGCGUUCUCAGGAAUGGAAGCUACCGGUGUGAAUGCCAAGGCUGGGAAGGACUGCACUGUGAAAGCAGAAUUUUAAGGAGAGAUUCUUCAAGGUCACCGGUCCCUCCCACAAACUUUCACAUCCAACGAAAUCUGAGUGGUUUGCAGCAGUUUAACAGAGCUCUCCGACAUGCAAAAAGGCUCGCUCGGUCGGGACACUGAGUUGGGCAGUUUCACUGUGUACUUCACCCUUCACUAGUGUUUGCUUGCAGUCAUUAAUAUACAAGAAGAUCUGGCAAGCAACCACCAGGUAUUUCAAUGAACGAUUUAAUCUGGCACAGAGACUGAAAUAAUGUCUCUCCAAGUUCACACAGGACACCAGUUGGGCUUAUCAGUAGACAAUAUAUUUGUUUCUUUUGUAAUAAGUAAAUAUUUUUUGUGUUUCAAUAUUUAUUAUUGACCAUUUUGCUUUUCCACUCAAAGAUUUUGGUGUGUUUCACGUACGCUGUUUGAAAGAUCUGUGAGCUGGCAGCAGACUGUUAGAUAAGGCUGGAGUAGAAGGGGGUUUGCCUAAAUAACGUAUCUGUAAAGGGAGCUAUAUAAAGUGCACAUUUUUAACAGCGAGAGUAAUUAACCAUUGAAACAACUGACCAACGGAUGUGGAGGAUUCUCUUAUCACUUGAAAGCCGUAAAUCAAGACUGGAUGUCUUUCUAAAAGAGAUGCUCUACCUCAACCAGAAAUUACAAUCUAGAUGGCGAAAAUAGGGAUGGCCUGUGUUAUAGAGGAGGUCAGACGAGGGUCCUUUCGGGGCUUAGAAUCUAUGACUCUAUAAACUAUAGCUAGGGGUGUGCAAACAGAGUGAGGUUCUCAGCUCCAGUAAACCAGUUCAGCUCCGUUGGUCUGGCUGUAACUUACGUACACUAUUUACCAGCCCCAGUUAAAUAUUCCUACAGUUGAAGUCACUAGAGUGAAUUAUUGGUUAAACACAGGAAGACAAAUGAAAGUGAGAGCUAGUGAUGGGCUUUGUUAUGCUUCACUGAUUUCUCGAUGCCAAAUGCAAUGAUGUUCCCUUGCUUAGCUCUUUUCUUUGUUUGCGUUCGUUUCUGAGUGAUGUAAUAUGGUUUGGCUUAAUGGGCAUUUUUAUUAGCUGCAUUUUUUUUUUGUUAGGAGGGGCCUUAAUGUGAAACAACUCUAAAAUGGAGCUGCAGCAAUUACUACGUACGUUGCUAUAUUUGCUAGAUGAGCUUGGCUAUUUUAGUCCUAGAGAUCAGAUUAGUUUACUAUGUAAAUCUAACAGUAGGUAAUGGCUGAAAAAUGACUUGUUUAAAACCUAGAGAUGCGUAGCCCAAACACAGUGCAGAGGACAAAUUCUGGGCUAAGGAUUGCUUUGGAUCUGGUGUGCUAAGCAGCUGAGUCUACUGAAUUGUGUUAUGUAAACGAUACCAUUUGAGGCCCGAUCCUCCAUACUUUAUUCAUGCAAAACUGUCACUAGAACAGCUGGGGUUUUGUCUGAGUCAGCUAUGCUACAAAUACAGCAUUGUAAGGGUUCCAUAACUGGUUCCAAUCGGUUGUACACACUGCACCUUACAAUGUUUUGUAACCUGGCUGCUGUGUUGGCUUUAACAAAGGUGUCUGCCUCCAUCAGCUGCCUUUUGCAAACUCUGUUUGCCCCUCUUCUUCUACCCUCGCUUAUCACACUUCCUUUCUUUGCUGCUUUCCUCCAGGCCAACCCCAGGCUCCUUUCUGAGUGCUGUGAACACUCAUGCCAUGGCUUUAUCAAGAAGCUCUAUCCUCCCUUUCAAGUCAUUGGAGGAGGUCUCUGCAAAACUGCCCCCCUCGAAAUGCUGAAAUACCAUGGGAUAGGAACCUAAAUAGGCAGCACUUCUGGCUCCCGUAGUGGUCUUAUGCUGAUCGCUCUUCACCCAGUGGGCUAGCGGUCGUGGCAGCUUUACACGGGGCAGGAGAGGCUGGGCCAUGACUUUGAUAGGAGCUGCACAUGCACCUCCAAAGAACGGAAUCUGGCCCCAUGCCAGUACCUUUCAGAGGGUGUCGCUCAAUGGAUCACGAGAUCAGUUCGCCUGUGAAGCUAUUAGACUUACACGAUUGCUCUCCUGGGGCUAUUUAACUACUAUAUUAUGUUGUUCUUAACUACUUUCCUCAUGCAGUCCAUCGCCUUGGAGAGAUUGAAAGCAGAAACUCCAAUUCUGCUGUGGGCAGAGCAGAGCCAGAAAGAUUAACUGCAGCUGCCAGUGUUCAGGGUAAUAGCAUCUAUUGUUCCAAAGAGAAGAAACCCCCCUUCAUCCAAGUGACUUGCCCCCAUGUUUUACUAGUAACAAAGAUGUACCAAAAGAGAGACAGAUUAUUUCACAGGAUCAUUGUCUAAAGGACAAUGGGCUAAACCACUCAUGGAGAUUAAUGCUAGCCCUGAAACCGCAGCAGUGCUAUUUUAUACCUUAUGCUGGAAAAAAUAAAGGAGAACGUCCGCUUUGUUUCUGCCCAGACUUCAGUAGAUUGGCCUUCAGCUUCUGCACCUGAGGCAAGCAGCAAUAGAAGCGUAUCUGCAAGACUGACAUUUGAAGCAGAAAGAGGCACUAAUCCUUCUCCCUUAUUUAUGUCUGGCAUGUUUGCCGCUUUGGUAGUGCUGCUUCUGUAAAAGUGUCAGUGGGUUCUGUUCUGGAAAGAAUGGGCUACAUCAGUCUCACAGCUACAAUCCAAAGACACGGUUUGUAAUUUACACUGUGGAAACGAAGUGGAACCAGCUCCCCAGACCAUCUAAAUUCUGCUCUGAAAGUAUUCUCCGUCGUCUUGUGCUCCCUGCAUUGUUUGUGGUGUUAGAGAGACUUACCCCUUCCUGCCCUGCUUCACUGUCAUAUUUACAACACUGUGGCAUUUUCUGUUGUAUAUUUUGUCUAACAGGUGCACUGGUUAAACUCUCCGCUUCACUUUCACUGUCUUUUGGCAGCCUGCCUUUAAUACAGAGUUGGCUCUUACUCCGUUAGCAUUUGUACAGCAUACGACUUGAGUAACUGUAAUCCGCUCUUAGCAGUUUAAAGGUAUUUACAAUAUUUUCCACAUAUGUAUAUUGCGUACAGAGAUUUGUAUAGAUCUAAUGAACCCUUAGGCUUGAUUAUGCACCUGUGUUGUACGAUUGUAACCUUGCUGUAUAGAUAUACUUUUAUUUUAAUAUACUGCUAAUAUGAGCAUUUCUGAAGCACAUAAGUUUUCCUGGGAUACGGCUGAGUGUGGGGAAGAGGCCUGGCAAAACCAGGGAUUUUUUCCCCCAUGAAUUUGCUUCAUUUAAAUACGGAUGGGAAAACUGGACUGGAUAAAACCAUAGACUAAGCUCCUUGGUGCAGGAACCAUUUGUUGUUGUUGUUGUAGAUACACGCAGUGUCUAGUGGAAUAGAGCUCGGAUCUCUGAUUGGGGCGCCUACGUGCUGCCACAGUACAGAGAUUGGUGAUAUGCAAGAUGGUGGGUGUUUGGAUGAGCUUUUCAAAGGAGCUAUGAGGAUUUAGGUGCCCGUGCAUGUGGGGGCCCAGUUAAGGUUGCAGAGGCAAUCUGAAUUCUGGCAUUUCCUAACUUUUGAGUGCUUGGCUUUUGGUUCCUUAAAAAUGGUUUUGUUUUUUGUUUUUUUGGAGUGUAAUAUGUAUAGAAUACAGCAUAAAACUAACAGCCCUGGAGAAGUAUGAACAUGGCGUGUUUCACGCCUCAUCAGCUUUCUCGGUUGGUGGAAGAUGACAUUCCUAGCCAGCUAAGAGUGCAACACGACUUCAGGAAAGUGUUGGGAAAAUCAGGGUAAUCAUGGAGCUAAAGGUGGUGUGGCCUAGCACUGGACUAGGACUUGGGAGACCUGGGUUCUAUUCCUGGCUUUGUCAUGGGCCAGCUGGAUGACCUGGAGCUGGUAUCCUCCCCUCUCCAUGCCUCUUUAAAACGGGGACAAUGAGCUAGACCUCGUUUGUAAAGUGUUUUGAGAUCUACUGAUGGAAAGUGCUCUAUAAGAGCUAGGUAUUGCUAUCUGUAGUGAACCAAUCAUGACUCAGUGAGUCAAAUUCAUCCCCGGUCUAAGUCCAGUGCAACCCGCAGUUGGCUUAUUUUAUUGGUUCCCUCCAUUCCAGAAGAACUGUCUGAUAAUAGGAAAACCACAGAAAUAUAGAAAUACUGUAGGGCCUGGUUCUGGGAGGUGCUGAACACCCACCAUUCCAAGUGAAGUCAAUGGGAACUGCAGAGCUCAGCUCAGCUGAAAACGGGACCUGUCCUUUCUCUGAAUCCGCAGUGGAGCAAGUAGAAUUUGACAGAACUCCUAUUAGAAUGGACAAAAAAUUGGAAUUCAGACAAGGACUCCCCUCUGCAAUAUCUUAACCGUAGUGGGUGAAAGAUGCCUGUAGUUGCACGUCCCAUUUACUUCGUUUGCCUCUUGUAAAUGAAGGAGGAAUUUGGCUCAUAGUAUGACGUGCAUUUAAAAAGGGACUGAACUGCUGUGAUCAUUUUCACAUACAGGAUCCCAGAUACAUUAGGCCACAGACACAUCCGCAUGCUAGGCCUGGUCCUGUAAACAUUUACUACCUGGCAUUGUGCUUUGAAGUCAAGGAGGCUCGUGAUGUCUCAGCUGGCCAUGUUUGCGGAAUCAGACUGGAAGGUCCCUGCAGACUAUUGCACUUGCAGAGGACAAUAUAUCAAUCAGUAUGUAUCUGAAUGAAUGGGAUCGGGCAGACCCGUUGGCUUAUUUGACCUGCUGUAGAAAGGCAAAAGAGAAACCCAGGUGGUCAUGGUGCAGUUAAAGGAACCAAUGUUCUACCAAAUGAACAGCCGUAAAUAAAACUGUCUCACUGUAUAGAUCCUGACAUGACGCAGGUGUGAAUAACGAGAAUUUUUAGCGCCAGAGAAAGCACUUUUGUGGGGUCUGGGCUAAAACAAGUUACUUUGUUUAGGGGGAAAAAUAAAACCAACUUAAAGCUUGAAAGGUGUCAGUGCAUCGGGGCUGCUUUUUAACUUUCUGGUCUCUCUAUCUCAGUUCGAAAAACAAAAAUGGUCUUGCACAAUGCACAGACUGGCAAUUUUUAGUUAAAAAGCAGAGGCGGCUUGGCACUUACACAUGGUCCUUUCUUAAAUUCUCUCCUGGAGCCUGGUUUGAAGU